AUGCUGGUCCGGAGGCUCCCCACAGUGCGGCUGCCAAACGGCCUGGACCGCUCUGAGAAGCCAGAGACGGAGUGUGCUCAUGGGCUCGACUGCAAAACAUGGCCAGACACACACCAGCACAAGCCAACUCGUCUCUCGGUCUCAGCGUCUCUCGGUCUCAGCGUCUCUCGGUCUCAGCGUCUCACGGUCUCAGCCAGCGUCUCCCGGUCCCAGCGUCUCUCGGUCUCAGCGUCUCUCGGUCUCAGCGUCUCUCGGUCUCAGCGUCUCUCGGUCUCAGCGUCUCUCGGUCUCAGCGUCUCUCGGUCUCAGCGUCUCUCGGUCCCAGCGUCUCUCGGUCUCAGCGUCUCUCGGUCUCAGCGUCUCUCGGUCGCAGCGUCUCUCGGUCUCAGCGUCUCUCGGUCGCAGCGUCUCUCGGUCCCAGCGUCUCUCGGUCGCAGCGUCUCUCGGUCGCAGCGUCUCUCGGCCUCAGCGUCUCUCGGUCUCAGCGUCUCUCGGUCUCAGCGUCUCUCGGUCCCAGCGUCUCUCGGCCUCAGCGUCUCUCGGUCUCAGCGUCAGCGUCUCGGUCUCAGCGUCUCUAGGUCUCAGCGUCUCUCGGUCCCAGCGUCUCUCGGUCUCAGCGUCUCUCGGUCUCAGCGUCUCUCGGUCGCAGCGUCUCUCGGUCGCAGCGUCUCUCGGCCUCAGCGUCUCUCGGCCUCAGCGUCUCUCGGUCUCAGCGUCUCUCGGUCUCAGCGUCUCUCGGUCUCAGCGUCUCUCGGUCUCAGCGUCUCUCGGUCCCAGCGUCUCUCGGUCUCAGCGUCUCUCGGUCUCAGCGUCUCUCGGUCGCAGCGUCUCUCGGUCCCAGCGUCUCUCGGUCGCAGCGUCUCUCGGCCUCAGCGUCUCUCGGUCUCAGCGUCUCUCGGUCUCAGCGUCUCUCGGUCUCAGCGUCUCUCGGUCCCAGCGUCUCUCGGCCUCAGCGUCUCUCGGUCUCGGCGCCUCUCGGUCUCAGCGUCUCUCGGUCUCAGCGUCUCUCGGUCUCAGCGUCUCUCGGUCUCAGCGUCUCUCGGUCUCAGCCAGCGUCUCUCGGUCUCAGCGUCUCUCGGUUUCAGCGUCUCUCGGUCUCAGCGUCUCUCGGUCUCAGCGUCUCUCGGUCUCAGCGUCUCUCGGUCCCAGCGUCUCUCGGUCUCAGCGUCUCUCGGUCUCAGCGUCUCUCGGUCGCAGCGUCUCGUGGUCCCAGCGUCUCUCGGUCGCAGCGUCUCUCGGCCUCAGCGUCUCUCGGUCUCAGCGUCUCUCGGUCUCAGCGUCUCUCGGUCUCAGCGUCUCUCGGUCUCAGCGUCUCUCGGUCUCAGCGUCUCUCGGUCUCAGCGUCUCUCGGUCUCAGCGUCUCUCGGUCUCAGCGUCUCUCGGUCUCAGCGUCUCUCGGUCUCAGCGUCUCUCGGUCUCAGCGUCUCUCGGUCUCAGCGUCUCUCGGUCUCAGCGUCUCUCGGUCGCAGCGUCUCUCGGUCCCAGCGUCUCUCGGUCGCAGCGUCUCUCGGCCUCAGCGUCUCUCGGUCUCAGCGUCUCUCGGUCUCAGCGUCUCUCGGUCUCAGCGUCUCUCGGCCUCAGCGUCUCUCGGUCUCAGCGUCUCUCGGUCUCAGCGUCUCUCGGUCUCGGCGUCUCUCGGUCUCAGCGUCUCUCGGUCUCAGCGUCUCUCGGUCUCAGCGUCUCUCGGUCUUAGCGUCUCUCGGUCUCAGCGUCUCUCGGUCUCAGCGUCUCUCGGUCGCAGCGUCUCUUGGUCCCAGCGUCUCUCGGUCGCAGCGUCUCUCGGCCUCAGCGUCUCUCGGUCUCAGCGUCUCUCGGUCUCAGCGUCUCUCGGUCUCAGCGUCUCUCGGUCUCAGCGUCUCUCGGUCUCAGCGUCUCUCGGUCUCAGCGUCUCUCGGUCUCAGCGUCUCUCGGUCUCAGCGUCUCUCGGUCGCAGCGUCUCUCGGUCCCAGCGUCUCUCGGUCGCAGCGUCUCUCGGCCUCAGCGUCUCUCGGUCUCAGCGUCUCUCGGUCUCAGCGUCUCUCGGUCUCAGCGUCUCUCGGUCCCAGCGUCUCUCGGCCUCAGCGUCUCUCGGUCUCAGCGUCUCUCGGUCUCGGCGUCUCUCGGUCUCAGCGUCUCUCGGUCUCAGCGUCUCUCGGUCUCAGCGUCUCUCGGUCUCAGCCAGCGUCUCUCGGUCUCAGCGUCUCUCGGUUUCAGCGUCUCUCGGUCUCAGCGUCUCUCGGUCUCAGCGUCUCUCGGUCUCAGUGUCUCUCGGUCCCAGCGUCUCUCGGCCUCAGCGUCUCUCGGUCUCAGCGUCUCUCGGUCUCUGCGUCUCUCGGUCUCAGCGUCUCUCGGUCUCAGCGUCUCUCGGUCUCAGCGUCUCUCGGUCUCAGCCAGCGUCUCUCGGUCUCAGCGUCUCUCGGUUUCAGCGUGUCUCGGUCUCAGCGUCUCUCGGUCUCAGCGUCUCUCGGUCUCAGCGUCUCUCGGUCCCAGCGUCUCUCGGUCUCAGCGUCUCUCGGUCUUAGCGUCUCUCGGUCGCAGCGUCUCUUGGUCCCAGCGUCUCUCGGUCGCAGCGUCUCUCGGCCUCAGCGUCUCUCGGUCUCAGCGUCUCUCGGUCUCAGCGUCUCUCGGUCUCAGCGUCUCUCGGUCUCAGCGUCUCUCGGUCUCAGCGUCUCUCGGUCUCAGCGUCUCUCGGUCUCAGCGUCUCUCGGUCUCAGCGUCUCUCGGUCUCAGCGUCUCUUGGUCUUAGCGUUUCUCGGUCUCAGCGUCUCUCGGUCUCAGCGUCUCUCGGUCGCAGCGUCUCUAGCGUCUCUCGGUCGCAGCGUCUCUCGGUCGCAGCGUCUCUCGGCUCUCAGCGCUCUCUCGGCUCAGCGUCUCUCGGUCUCAGCGUCUCUCGGUCUCAGCGUCUCUCGGUCUCAGCGUCUCUCGGUCUCAGCGUCUCUCGGUCUCAGCGUCUCUCGGUCUCAGCGUCUCUCGGUCCCAGCGUCUCUCGGUCUCAGCGUCUCUCGGUCUCAGCGUCUCUCGGUCGCAGCGUCUCUCGGUCCCAGCGUCUCUCGGCCUCAGCGUCUCUCGGCCUCAGCGUCUCUCGGUCUCAGCGUCUCUCGGUCUCAGCGUCUCUCGGUCUCAGCGUCUCUCGGUCCCAGCGUCUCUCGGCCUCAGCGUCUCUCGGUCUCAGCGUCUCUCGGUCUCGGCGUCUCUCGGUCUCAGCGUCUCUCGGUCUCAGCGUCUCUCGGUCUCAGCGUCUCUCGGUCUCAGCCAGCGUCUCUCGGUCUCAGCGUCUCUCGGUUUCAGCGUCUCUCGGUCUCAGCGUCUCUCGGUCUCAGCGUCUCUCGGUCUCAGCGUCUCUCGGUCCCAGCGUCUCUCGGCCUCGGCGUCUCUCGGUCUCGGCGUCUCUCGGUCUCGGCGUCUCUCGGUCUCAGCGUCUCUCGGUCUCAGCGUCUCUCGGUCUCAGCGUCUCUCGGUCUCAGCCAGCGUCUCUCGGUCUCAGGGUCUCUCGGUUUCAGCGUCUCUCGGUCUCAGCGUCUCUCGGUCUCAGCGUCUCUCGGUCUCAGCGUCUCUCGGUCCCAGCGUCUCUCGGUCUCAGCGUCUCUCGGUCUCAGCGUCUCUCGGUCGCAGCGUCUCUUGGUCCCAGCGUCUCUCGGUCGCAGCGUCUCUCGGCCUCAGCGUCUCUCGGUCUCAGCGUCUCUCGGUCUCAGCGUCUCUCGGUCUCAGCGUCUCUCGGUCUCAGCGUCUCUCGGUCUCAGCGUCUCUCGGUCUCAGCGUCUCUCGGUCUCAGCGUCUCUCGGUCUCAGCGUCUCUCGGUCUCAGCGUCUCUCGGUCUUAGCGUCUCUCGGUCCCAGCGUCUCUCGGUCGCAGCGUCUCUCGGCCUCAGCGUCUCUCGGUCUCAGCGUCUCUCGGUCUCAGCGUCUCUCGGUCUCAGCGUCUCUCGGUCUCAGCGUCUCUCGGUCUCAGCGUCUCUCGGCCUCAGCGUCUCUCGGUCGCAGCGUCUCUCGGUCCCAGCGUCUCUCGGUCGCAGCGUCUCUCGGCCUCAGCGUCUCUCGGUCUCAGCGUCUCUCGGUCUCAGCGUCUCUCGGUCUCAGCGUCUCUCGGUCCCAGCGUCUCUCGGCCUCGGCGUCUCUCGGUCUCGGCGUCUCUCGGUCUCGGCGUCUCUCGGUCUCAGCGUCUCUCGGUCUCAGCGUCUCUCGGUCUCAGCGUCUCUCGGUCUCAGCCAGCGUCUCUCGGUCUCAGCGUCUCUCGGUUUCAGCGUCUCUCGGUCUCAGCGUCUCUCGGUCUCAGCGUCUCUCGGUCUCAGCGUCUCUCGGUCCCAGCGUCUCUCGGCCUCAGCGUCUCUCGGCCUCAGCGUCUCUCGGUCUCGGCGUCUCUCGGUCUCAGCGUCUCUCGGUCUCAGCGUCUCUCGGUCUCAGCGUCUCUCGGUCUCAGCCAGCGUCUCUCGGUCUCAGCGUCUUUCGGUUUCAGCGUCUCUCGGUCUCAGCGUCUCUCGGUCUCAGCGUCUCUCGGUCUCAGCGUCUCUCGGUCCCAGCGUCUCUCGGUCUCAGCGUCUCUCGGUCUCAGCGUCUCUCGGUCGCAGCGUCUCUUGGUCCCAGCGUCUCUCGGUCGCAGCGUCUCUCGGCCUCAGCGUCUCUCGGUCUCAGCGUCUCUCGGUCUCAGCGUCUCACGGUCUCAGCCAGCGUCUCCCGGUCCCAGCGUCUCUCGGCCUCAGCGUCUCUCGGCCUCAGCGUCUCUCGGUCUCAGCGUCUCUCGGUCUCAGCGUCUCUCGGUCUCAGCGUCUCUCGGUCCCAGCGUCUCUCGGCCUCAGCGUCUCUCGGUCUCAGCGUCUCUCGGUCUCAGCGUCUCUCGGUCUCAGCGUCUCUCGGUCGCAGCGUCUCUCGGUCGCAGCGUCUCUCGGUCUCAGCGUCUCUCGGUCUCAGCGUCUCUCGGUCUCAGCGUCUCUCGGCCUCAGCGUCUCUCGGUCUCAGCGUCUCGGUCUCAGCGUCUCACGUCUCAGCCAGUCUCUCCCGUCCCAGCGUCUCCGGUCCCAGCGUCUCUCGGCCUCAGCGUCUCUCGGCCUCAGCGUCUCUCGGUCUCAGCGUCUCUCGGUCUCAGCGUCUCUCGGUCUCAGCGUCUCUCGGUCCCAGCGUCUCUCGGCCUCAGCGUCUCUCGGUCUCAGCGUCUCUCGGUCUCAGCGUCUCUCGGUCUCAGCGUCUCUCGGUCGCAGCGUCUCUCGGUCGCAGCGUCUCUCGGUCUCAGCGUCUCUCGGUCUCAGCGUCUCUCGGUCUCAGCGUCUCUCGGUCUCAGCGUCUCUCGGUCUCAGCGUCUCUCGGUCGCAGCGUCUCUCGGUCUCAGCGUCUCUCGGUCUCAGCGUCUCUCGGUCUCAGCGUCUCUCGGUCUCAGCGUCUCUCGGUCUCAGCGUCUCUCGGUCUCAGCGUCUCUCGGUCUCAGCGUCUCUCGGUCUCAGCGUCUCUCGGUCUCAGCGUCUCUCGGUCUCAGCGUCUCUCGGUCUCAGCGUCUCUCGGUCCCAGCGUCUCUCGGUCUCAGCGUCUCUCGGUCUCAGCGUCUCUCGGUCGCAGCGUCUGUCGGUCCCAGCGUCUCUCGGUCGCAGCGUCUCUCGGCCUCAGCGUCUCUCGGUCUCAGCGUCUCUCGGUCUCAGCGUCUCUCGGUCUCAGCGUCUCUCGGUCUCAGCGUCUCUCGGUCUCAGCGUCUCUCGGUCUCAGCGUCUCUCGGUCUCAGCGUCUCUCGGUCUCGCCGUCUCUCGGUCUCGCCGUCUCUCGGUCUCAGUGUCUCUCGGUCCCAGCGUCUCUCGGUCUCAGCGUCUCUCGGCCUCGGCGUCUCUCGGUCUCGGUGUCUCUCGGCCUCGGCGUCUCUCGGCCUCGGCGUCUCUCGGCCUCGGCGUCUCUCGGCCUCGGCGUCUCUCGGCCUCGGCGUUUCUCGGUCUCGGCGUCUCUCGGUCCCAGCGUCUCUCGGUCUCAGCGUCUCUCGGUCCCGGCGUCUCUCGGUCUCGGCGUCUCUCGGUCUCGGCGUCUCUCGGUCUCGGCGUCUCUCGGUCUCGGCGUCUCUCGGUCUCGGCGUCUCUCGGUCUCAGUGUCUCUCGGCCCCAGCGUCUCUCGGUCUCGGCGUCUCUCGGUCUCGGCGUCUCUCGGCCUCGGCGUUUCUCGGUCUCGGCGUCUCUCGGUCUCAGCGUCUCUCGGCCUCAGCGUCUCGAUAAACGUCUUCUUCAGUAAUGGUCUUCAGCCUGUUUUUGCACACGACCCGGUGAGUCAGACGCCGCUCUCUGAAGAGACGUUAUUACCUCCAACAAACACAGGGCUCAGAGCAGAGGCGUUUGGAGCAGAGCGCGGCUGUUGUCGGCUGUCGGCGCCGCCAUUCAUCAAGUCCACACGACUGUUUAGAAGCAGACUGAUCCGAGAGGGGACCAUGGAGAGGGGACAGGACCAUGGAGAGGGGUCAGGACCAUGGAGAGGGGCCAGGACCAUGGAGAGGGGCCAGGACCAUGGAGAGGGGCCAGGACCAUGGAGAGGAGCCAUGGAGAGAGGUCAGGACCAUGGGGAGGGGCUUGGACCAUGGAGAGGGGCCAGGACCAUGGAGAGGGGUCAGGACCAUGGAGAGGGGACAGGACCAUGGAGAGGAGCCAUGGAGAGAGGUCAGGACCAUGGGGAGGGGCUUGGACCAUGGAGAGGGGUCAGGACCAUGGAGAGGGGUCAGGACCAUGGAGAGGGGUCAGGACCAUGGAGAGGGGUCAGGACCAUGGAGACGGGCCAGGACCAUGGAGAGGAGCCAUGGAGAGAGGUCAGGACCAUGGGGAGGGGCUUGGGCCAUGGAGAGGGGUCAGGACCAUGGAGAGGGGCCAGGACCAUGGAGAGGGGCUUGGACCAUGGAGAGGGGCCUGGACCAUGGAGAGGGGCUUGGACCAUGAGAGGAGCCAGGACUAUGGAGAGGGGCUUGGACCAUGGAGAGGGGCUUGGACCAUGA